AUGUAUGCCAGACCCAGCCAGCGACCCCCAACCUACUUGGCCCUCAACAAAUCUGCCCCUUCCUCGUUGAAGCUAUCGACCAGCAAAACCACAGGCCGCAAGAUCAGCAGUGUGGCCGAGGAGGGCCAACAACUACCCAAAAAAGUUUUACCAUACAGAAACAACAAGCAGAGCCUAGAGCCAUCACUUUUACAACAGCAACCGCCACAACAACACACCUUGACUCAACUGCAACAACAGUACACAAAGACACAUCCUCAAAGCUUGGAAGAGGCGCAAACAUUUUUAGUGAGAAAAUCACUGUUGGGCAGACCAGUGAACGCCCGACACCACCGGAGAGAUGCCAGGUACAGGAAACUUCAGGCUAAAACUUACAACUUUCUCGAAAGACCCAAGGAUUGGAAGUCUUUAUCUUACCAUCUUAUUGUGUUCCUAAUGGUCUUCAAAUGCCUCUUACUCAGUGUCUUCUCAACUAUUGACCAGUACGAAGAAAUAGCUGGCUUUUUUCUCUAUUAUCUUGAACUGAUAAUGGUUGUCUGGUUCUCCGUGGAGUUCCUAGCUAGGGUCUGGUCAUCUGGUUGUCGAUCCCGGUAUCAGCAUCUCAGUGGCCGGUUGCAAUUUAUCAGGAGGCCCCUCUGCAUUGUUGACAUCAUAGUCAUAGGUGCCAGCGUCAUCAUCUUAUGUUCAGGGCCAGGUGGAAAGGUCUUCGCUACGUCAGCCCUCCGAGGAUUGAGGUUCUUUCAAAUUCUAAGGAUGGUGAGAGUUGAUAGGAGGGGAGGAAGUUGGAAGCUGCUUGGAUCAGUCAUCUGGGCGCAUAGACAGGAACUGUUCACAACUCUCUACAUCGGAUUCCUUGGCCUUAUAUUCACGUCAUUCAUCAUGUACCUUGCUGAGAAAGAUAAGAACCCCAAGAAGUUCGGGACGUAUGCCGAUGCCUUGUGGUGGGGCGUAAUAACUCUGUGUACCGUGGGCUACGGAGACAGCGUGCCAAUAACAGGAACGGGGAAGUUGAUCGCCUCCUUGUGCUCCAUCCUUGGCAUAUCAUUCUUCGCUCUGCCAGCUGGCAUACUCGGAUCAGGCUUUGCGCUGAAGGUCCAGCAGCAGCAACGACAAAAACAUCUGAUCAGGCGUAAGGGACCUGCCGCUGUCCUCAUCCAGUCGCUCUGGAGAUGCUACGCUGCUGAUGAGUUUUCCUCCUCCGUUGCCACCUGGAAGAUACACGUCAAAGCAUGCAAGCCUACUCAAAGGUCAGAGGUCAACAUAACCUACUCUACAUACCCAACAACACAUAAACAAACACACCUCAGUUACGGCCACAAAAGCAAGACGAACAGCUCAUUCAUCAGUCGCUUGUCUACACGACGCAAGGAUGUAAGCGUGACGGGCGGCAGUGGUGUGGUGGCCGGCAGUGUGACAGGAGCCAUGCAGCAGCUGAACCUCAGUUGCUCCAUCACGGGGCUGCACUCGCCGAUGCUUCUCAGCAGGUCCUUACUCUGCAGGUCAAACAACCUAGCAGCUGAUGAGAAGGAGUAUGAACAUCACGCCGAACCGGAUAACAGGUGCCAUGCUUUAUUUAAUCUCGAAGAAGUCACUCAACUGACGGAGACCCACAAAAGAGCAAUCAGAGCUCUCAGGAAGAUAAGUUUUUUUGUGGCUAGGAGAAAGUUCAAAGAGGCCUUUAGACCUUACGACGUUAAAGAUGUCAUUGAACAGUACUCUGCUGGCAAUUUGGACAUGCUCACACGCAUUAAAAGUCUACAAAACAGACUAGACAUGAUAUUAGGCAAAUCUGGAACAAAAAAAGUCACAGUGUAUGAGUCGAAAAUUACGUUAGCAUCCAGAAUUGUAAAAAUUGAAAGACAGGUUUGA